AUGGCGGGGGGCGAGGGCCGGGCCUGGCCAGAUCGAGGCAGCGCCAGUGGGGAACACGCCGGAUCUGGAGAGGCCGAGGUCGGCGCCUGCGGAGGAGUCCCCGGCUGUUGCGUGGCGUCCGUGGAGCUGUGUCCUGAAGCGACGGAGCGGGGAGGAGGCGGGGGUGGAGCCAUCCACGGCGAUCUCGACAGCGAGAACCGUAGUGGCGAGGGCCACGAGCACGACGCUGGAGGUGAAAAGGAAGACCACGAGGCGCACAGCGGCGGCGGGGACGGGGUGGGUUUGGUCUGGUGUGGCCUAGUGGCGCGGCGGCGGGGGAGGCACGGGUGCGGAGGAGGCAGGGGCCCGGGGGCCAUGAGUUAA